AGCAUGGCGGCGGCCGCGGAGGGGCUGUUCGCGCUGGAGCUGCUGGUGGAGGAGGUGGUGUUGGCCGCGGCACCGGGUCCCACGCUGCGCCCGGCCGUGGCGCUGCGCCUCUUGGGCUUCCCCACCCUCAUGUUGCACCCCGUCGCCGCCGCGCCCCCCCUGCGGCCCGGUCGGGCCUUCCCCUUCGGCCGCGGCAAGCGCUGCCUUUUCCGCUGGCGCCGGAGCUCGCUUUACACAGCGCUCUGCCGCCAGCCGCUCCGUGCCCUGCUCUUGGCCUUCCCAGUCGAGCUCGCUCCGAGCACUCCACGCCUCCUCGGCAGCUGCGACGUAUCCCUGGCCCCCGCCGCCUCCGAGCUGUUGCAGCAGCCCGAGGUGCCUGCUUCCUGCAGUCGCCGGGGUCGCUUCCCGCUGCGAGACGCUGCGGGACAUCCCGUCGGGGAGCUGGUCCUGGGCUACCGUCUUACGAGCCUGCAGGCGGGUGAAGAGCCGCCCCCGCCGAGCACCGCAAGCCCCUGCGCUGCUACGCCGCCUGCCUCGUCCCCCGAACCGAGGGCCGAGGAGAAAGAGGAGAGUGAGGAGCUGGAGGGCAACAUCUUUUGCCCUCCCAUGCUCUACUACAGUCGCGAGGCAGCUGAGUCCCAUCUGUCACCAGCAAAUGCAACCACAGGGCAAUGGAAGUAUAUCAAGGCCGGGAGACUGGAGGACAAAGACAAGGGCCAGAGCCCCCCACGUCCUAGUGCUGGGCCCUCAUUGCUGCACCCCACCAGCCCUCAACACCUCCAUCACACACUGGGGCAGCUGCCGUUACUCAGUGCUUUGCUGGGAGAGCUGUCGGUGCUCACACGCUGCAUUACACCUGUUGUUGCGCACCCCAAACAUGCAUGGCUCUACCAGGUCCCAGGGAGUGGUGGCAUGGCCUCACAGCCCCCUGGCCCUGGCCACUCCUCUGCCCUCAAGCCUUCAGAGGUACCCAUGAAGGUUCAUGGAAGCAGUGAAGAUGCCAAGUCUGAAUUCAAGCAAGAGCAAGAUACCACCACACCAGAGUCUUUCCAGCCUAAGAAAGGACCUAAGAAAGGUUUACUCCAAGGAAAGACAGGUGCUGAAAGGAACUGCAAAACUAAGGAAAACAGACCUCCCAGAAGGAAGUUGUUGUACGGGCUGACAAAUACACUGAGACUGCGGCUGCAGCAGACCAACCCUGGUAAGCUGGAAAUUCAUGAAAGGAGAGAGCAGUACAGAAAAAAGCAAAUUGAGGUGCUGAAAGAGAGAAGCACUUUAUCCAAAAGAAAGCUGCUGAGAACUGCUGGAGAACAGCAUGCGGUUUCUUACAGGCAUUGUGGCAAGACAGACAGUUCAAAGAAUGAUAAUCAGUUUCAUAAAGCCAUUGAGACUUUGCAAAAUGAUGCUCUCGCAGAUAAUAUUUCAGUGACAGGAGAUGUGUCCCUGGACCUGCAGAAAUGGGUUACUGCAAGUCUAUUGAAGGACAAUGAAAUUGCAGACUGGGGAGGUCCAGCUUCCUUAAAGGAGAAAACUGUAUUAAAACCCGAUGAAAAGGAAAAGUCUGCGAAAACCCAACUCACUCAUGCAAAGGGAAGUAAUGAGGAAGUAAUACACUUAAUCCAUCGUAAAACCAUGGAGCAUGGUGGUGUGUCUGUUGCAAGUGGUUGUAAGCCAAGCCCCAGCAGCAGUAUUGAAAACAGCUCUGAAUUCAUAUACUCGGAUGACUUUGUUGCUAGCCCUGAGAACACAGUUUAUUCAGAAGAUUUCACCAGUGCUGAGCAUGUAGGCAGAAACUUAGAAGCUUGUGACAGCAGUCCUGAACCUCUGAGGCUUGAAAGCCAAAAGCAGGGUACAGAGCUGGAAUCCAACAAGUCCAGAAUUUCAAAGAUGAGUCAAAGAGCUGAAAGUGCUUCAGAGCCUCUGUCAAUUUCUUCAGCUUCAUCUCCAGGCCAAUCUCAGAAGAGAAAUCAUGACUUAAAAAUCAGCCUGAGAAAUAGUGGUGAAUCAGUUGAUUCAUUUAGUCUUGCCCAAUUGGAGUUGUCAUUAUUGGAUGAAGAGCAGAAAGCCCAAAAAAUCAGUGAGGAUGAGAAUGAGGGUGAUGGGCACAUUAAACAAGUAGCUACACAGAGAAGCAAACAAGUUAGCUUGGAAUCUGAUCUGAAUAUAGGAAAGGGGCAGACCUCUGCAGAAAAAGGACAGUCAGUAACUGAGGUUAGCUCUUACUUACCAUCUAACAUGCCUGAUCCUGAACUUAGCAUCCUAGAAGACAGUAUGUCUGACAUAGAGGAUAACUUUCUGGGGAAACUCUGUGUUCCUAAUCAGUACAAAGACAUCAGUGAACUUGUAGUGAGCAAGCUUCCAGGAUACACAAUGUAGUCAAAAGUUUUCACUAUCUGGAUUAAGAUACUAUACUUUAUAAGGCAUUAUACAAUUAUCUGCAAUAUAGACAAGUUAAUGUAAGGCCUUAUCAUGCACAUUUAAUGCAAUGGUGAAUUUACUUAAGAGGUUUUUGGAAUAAACUACUAUUGGAAUCUCUAAUAAAUGGCUCUUAAUUGG